AUGGAAUAUAAUGCGCCCCUGCUUUCUACUUCAUAUCAUACUAAUAAAUGCACUCUUAAAUAUAAUUACGUGAUGGAAUCUUACCGACGUUGGGUUUGCAGUGCUCUCAUACCGUACUUUGCUGAACAAAGCGAUAUUCUAGUAUCACCGACAACAGAUAAAACCACACAUAGUUCCGCCAAACAAAAUAAAAACAGCGUUCCAUCAACAAACUCCACCAAAACAUCGAAUUCAACCAACGGUGGAACUGGAAAAGAUCAGCAACUGAAACGGACAUCAGAAAGUUUAAAUGAAGCAAACCAUUUUGUAAUCAACGAGCCAACAGUGAAGAGAAGUAAACGAAGUCAGACGGGAAACAAUGAAACAACAGCAAAGAUAACCUUAUUGGAUGUUAUUGACAUUGAUAGUUAUGAUAAUAGCGAUAAUAACAACAACAAUUACAAAAACAAAGAUAAUUCCAUGACAGCAUCACAUAGAAGAAAACGCAAUAGUGAUACCAGAUGCAAUCGGGAACUGCAACAGAAAAUACUACUGCACCAGCUAUCACAAAAACAAGAUUAUAACAAUGAUUCCAAUGAUUUCAUAUCGACUGCCAAUAGUGAGGAUCCAUGUGCCGAGGAUCCAGUGAUAUCAAAAUUAUUAAAAAGAUCAAAACGAAAAGUGGAAUUUCGAAAACGACGAAGAAUACGACCUUGCCUAAGUAUCUGCCAAACAGUGGAACAAAAAUGUCCAUAUUUGCUGCCAGCAGAUCGAGCACCAGCGCUGCCAACACAAUAUGCAGGAGAACCAACCUUCUUAUGCUUAGAUCAAAAUAUACCUGAAACAGGCGAGCAACUACACAAAUCAAGUUAUGGUCCACCAGAUUGUUGCUACACUUAUUGCGACUCUGCAAUGGACGGCAUUUGCACAUACUGUGAUGAGUUCGCUGCUUUCGCCGAGAGCGAACAUGAAACAUCAGCAAACGCAACAAGGCAAGUGCACAACAUCACACUGACAGCCAGAACUCAACAUCGAAUUGACACACGUCUGGGAGCAGCACUGGCAUUGGUAAACGAGACAAAAGCACGCACAGCCAGUGUGGCAAUUGCACUCAAAAACGUCACAACCGCCAUGAGUAGCAUGACUUUGGAGCAUUUGCCUUACUACGCCCACUAUGAGGGCACCUAUUACUACGAUGACGACCCCAAUGACAUGCCAAAUGAGGCAAUUUCAGGUAACUGCCCAACAGUGCCAUCAGUCAGUAGUCGCUGCACCAUACCAUAUUUUGCAUCGGCCGCAGCAACACACCGACCCAAAAGCCAACGAGCACUCUUCGCACAGCAACUGUUGCUCUGGUUCAGUGCUCUGCUGUGCCUGCUCAGCAGCUGCAAUGCGGCACAGCAAAUUAAGCAAGUGUGUAGAACCAGAGCACAGCCGAAAAUAACUAAAGAAAUGCCGACCGUGGCGUGCAAAUGUUGCAUGAAGGCUGACAGUACAUUUGCCACGGGCGAACUUUUCAACAGGGAGCUUAACAGCUGUGCAACAUACAUUUCAGCACUUGCCACAUUCAGACCCACACACCCGCUGCAUCAGAGACUCAGUAGCGGCAUUAGUAGCAAAAACCACAACCAUGCGAAAUGCAACAGACCGAGUAUGCAUGUUUUAAAGCGUUUAAGGAAACCCGUUCAAAAUAUUAAGAAAUUUAUUUUUAAAUUUAGUAACGUAAAUUUUAGUAGUACCAUGAAAUUCUAUCGUAGUGAAAAUAGUAGUAGAAAACUUAGUACAUGUAACAUUACCAUUAAUACUUACUCUAAAUAUAAAUAUAAAUACAAAAAUAUUAAAAUUCUAAUUAUUGAGGGGCAUAAAGAGAAAAUAAAUAAUUGUACGAUUAAUAAAAAUUAUCGAUCCUUUUACUAUUACAACUUCAACAUAAACGAUUGGUGGCGCCGAUGGUGGAUACGGGCGCCAACACUACAUAAGAAGUCACGACUACGGACUAGUACGUCAUAGUGCUUAUAGGUUAAAAUUAGUAACUAAUUAAAACAAAACAUAAAAAACCAAAACACAAAAACACAAA